AUUGUGUUAGGGAUGAUUAUGUUUAUCAUAGACUUAACGCGAUGGUAAUGUGUAUCUUCAUCCUUAUUUCUCUCCCACUUUGUUGCAUUUUAAUUGUGGUAGAGAAAUAUAUGGACUACGUUUCUGUGAUUUUUCUUUCUGUCUAUUAUAAAUGUCCAUCCAAAUUUGUCAGGGGAGAAAUAACACAACCAAGCUAAAAGCUAAAUCUGCAGAUGUUGGAUAUGAAUUAUGAUUCAUAUCCAGCACUAUAGACGUAGCCUUAUCGAUGCUCUCAGUUUUGAUUUUUGCUUUUGUUUUCUUUAUUCUAAAGGGAAUCUAUAAAGGAAGGGAGAGUCAAUAAUUUACUGUGAAAGUGACAGACAUGAUAGGAAGAAAAUGAGAUUUCUUAAAUUAUAAAACUGAAAAAUGUUCUUUUGUUUUGGAUUCUAAAGAAGCCUCGAUCUUAGAGACCACCACAAAAAAGAAAAAAAAAUGAGACACAAAAGUAGAUUCUCCAUUAUCAUCACUCUGUAUUCAAACAUAUCUUUUAAACUUCACCCGUUUGACAAAUCAAACCAGAAAGAACAAAGAAAACAAUAAAAUGCAGAAAUUUCUGAGUUUUCAUCUUCUACAGUCCUUUCUGUUCCUGAAUUUCUGCUUAGGUUCUUCCAUUUCUAAGGAAAAUGACCCAACUUCUUGUGGUAAAUUCCAACUUCAACCCCCUUUCCUGAGUUCUUCUAAUCUAAAUGGGCCCUUCCCAUUAAACCAUAUGAUUCUCUGCAGAUCUCAAAAACUGUAUUUCAGAACUUCAAUUGGCGUUUUCCCCAUCUCCAAAAUUGAUUACACCACAAAAACUCUCAUAAUCUCCAAUUUUCUUUCUUCUUCACACCAUUUUGUUUCCCCUUCCCUUUUAUCCUCAGGGCUUCCUUCACCACCACACCUUAUCAACUCACUACUCCUCUUCAACUGCUCUAACCCAACAAAACCCAUCACUGAAUCUGCCCACAACUGCCCAAAAAUUGUAGCUUUACAAAACCAAGAUGAAGAACAAAUAUCCCAAAAAGUUUCUUGUUUGAUCUUUGAGGAUCUUGGAAAGCUUCAGGAGAGCUUCCAUCCAAAUGACUUGAAAUGCUCCCAUUUCAGAAGGGUUUACAGAAACUCCUCAGAUGUUGAACUUAAAAAUGGAUAUAAAUUGGGAACUUCAAUCUCCUUUGACAUUCCUGAUCAUGUUCCUAAUCUGUGUCAUGAGUGUGAGAAGCCUGAUGGGCAUUGUGGAGUGGGUUUAAGAUGCAUAUGCCACGUUCUUGAGUGCAAAGAUAAGGUGUUUUCUAAGGGUGGAAUUGUCAGACCUGGUGGUAAAAUUCUCAUUUCUUUGAUGGCUGUUUUUGUGGUGAUCAUUAUUUCUAUGUAAUGCAUGUUACCUCUUCUCAUUCAAUGAUAUACAUGAAAUCUAACUUGGUUUA